GAAGCCAUCUCUCUCUUUCUCUCUGCUGUCUUUUUUUUUUUUUUGAUAACCGUGGGGGUUCCCAGGCGGUAAGCCCAGACUAAUCCCCACGAGGCCUUCCAUCCGGGCACGCACGAUUAUAGGCGGGAAGGUGGCCAAGGCGACUCGAACCCAGGGCGGGCACUCCAGCUGGAGUUCCAUUACCACUAGGCCAAGAGCUCUUGGUUUCUGCUGUCUUUCUUCGUCUUUUAUUACUCUCUCUCUCUCUGGAGGCGAGGCGGAGAGAUUCACUGCAACUUCCGAUUCCUUCCUCUCUCUCUCUCUCGGAUCACAAACUUUAUCGGUUACCGUGAAUGAAUGGAAGAUUGUGCUUUUGAUUUUGCUUCCACUUCACGUUGUUCCCUUUUGCUUUUCUCUUUUUUUUUUUCUGUUCAGCAACCAAAUUCGAGUUUGAUUUGAAGAAAUCGUGAAAAAGUUGGUUUCUCGAUUUAUAGUUUGGAGUGAGUGCCUGUGAGAUGCAAAAUGGGCACAAGAACCCAUCCCAGAGGCCAAAACAUCUCAGAGGUUCCGCUUAGAAGAUCAAAACGUUGGAGCCACGAUAAAGAUGAGGAGGAGUUUGUGAAAUACAUGUCCAAGUUGCCAGGUUAUCUCCAAGGACAAGAAGAAGAAUGUAAUAAUGUUUUGAAUGUCGGAGUCUUGGAUUGGGGUCGUCUUGAGAAAUGGAAGCAGCAUGGUCGUCGAGCUGCUCAAAGAUCUGCCUGCAAACGCGCUGAGACAAAAGUGUCUUCUUCUACUACUUUAGGAACGCUUCCCAAUGCCUCCUCUCAUCAAUAUCAUAGGUGUAAGAUUGAUGACCAAGUGCAUGCUUCUUCUCUUCUCGGUCAAGUUGUUAAUAAAGCUGCUUCUCGGGCUCUUCAACAUUCUGCUCACCAAGUUCGAUGCACUUUGGAAUCUGAGUUUGCUUCUACUUCUAGGGAUUCAUUAUGUAAGCAGGAAGAUAUAGCAACUUGCAACUAUAAGUCCUCUGGCAAAGGCAGAGUAUCUACUUCUUCAGGUUUAUUGUCAGAGAUGGGGAACUCCAAUGGAUCUCUAGCCCCAAAGGGUAACUUGUUGGUCCGGGAUAACAAGAAGGAGUCUGAGAAGAGACAAGAAGCAAGACUAAGCUGGAAACAAUGUGCUGACAAGUUAGAUGGAGAGGAGAAGACUGUUGGAGACUCCAAUGCUGCUGAAAAGCUGGAGAAUCAUCAGGUCACCAACAUGCGAUCAAGAAAACACUCCCGAACCGACCUUUCUGGUGAUCAUCCCCAGAUGUCAUCACUGGAUGAUAACCCGAAAGUAACAAGGGAGGUUAGAGUUCCUCGUUCCUGUCUACUCUCUGUUGACUUGGAGAGAGAUUCUGAAGAUAUGAGGUUGCCUCUUUCUUGUAAUAAGGAACUUUCUGGUGGGACAAGAAGUCAUUCAAAGACAGCUUCUUCAAGGAUAUUUGAUCAAGAAAAGAAGAGAGAUUCUUCUUCACCAAGCAAGCGGUUUAGUUUUAGCUUGGGUCGUCUCAGCAGAAGUUUCACCUUCAAAGAGGAGGAUUCAUCAGCUGGCGGCCAACCUCUGACUUCUUCUGAUGAUAACUCUAAGAGAUGUGAUGGACCAUCUCAGUCAUGUAACCCGGAGGAGAAGCACUGUGGAUCAUCAUCUCGAGUCAGCCCUCUAAGAAGGCUUCUUGAUCCUUUACUGAAAUCCAAAGGCUCUGAAAAUGUUAUUCCAUCAAAAGAAGAAAGAUCAACUUCUUCAAAGCCAAACCGAGCUCUUUUUCAGCUAACCACCAGAAACGGGAUCCCUCUAUUUCAGUUUGUGGUCGAUGAUGAUGACAACAGCAGGAGCAUUCUCGGGGCUACAAUGAAAAACUCCGCUUCAUCUUUCAAAGAUGAUUCUGUUCAGUACUACACUUUCUACUCUGUCGAUGAAGUCAAAAAGAAGAGAAGCUGGCUAAUCCAUGGACACAAAGAGAAACAACAAGGCGGGUUCGUCUACAAUGUGAUUGGUCAAAUGCGGUUAUGCAACUCCUCCAUGAGAACAGAAGAGGAGGAGAAGAAAUCCGAAAAGGUAUCUUCUUCUAUCAUCAGAGAAGCAGUUCUCGUUGAUGAAACAGAGGGAGUAAAAGGGAGGAAAGAGGUCGCAGCUGUAGUGAUCAAGACGAAGCCUGCAGAAGAAAACUCCAAAGCCCUCGAGGAAACCACUGUGAUUAUUCCAGGUGGGGUUCACAGUUUCCCGGAGAAAGGAGCACCGACACCUUUGGUUGCCCGGUGGAGAUCUGGAGGGUUAUGCGACUGCGGUGGCUGGGAUGUUGGAUGUAAACUCCAUGUCCUCUCCAACAAAACACUCCUCCAUAAGUUGGACCACAGCUGCUUCAAACUUUUCGCUCAGGAAGAAAGUGAUAAAGACUCGGGUCUAGUUUUGGCCAUAACAGAGCUGAAGACAGGGAUCUAUAGGGUGGAGUUUGGUUCGUUUCUUUCUCAUUUACAAGCCUUCUUUGUGUGCGUGACGGUUAUAACUUGUGCCUCCGAGGAGAAAACGGUGUCAAAGACCGCCGGAAGAUCUUCAUCCCCGUUUGCUCCGCCUCUAUCUCCCGUUGGUAGAGUCUAAAACCCACAAGCUCCGGGACACAGAGAGCGGGAGAGUAAAAACUAGUGAUCGUCUUUCUUUGAAACUCUUCUUUUUUUUUGUAUUGUCUCAAGGAAACCAAAACACGCACAACUAUAUAUAUAAUCAGAAUAUAAUGAAUGUAUAGUAUAAAUACACGUUAUUUCAAAGUUA